CUCCGCUGCCUGUCUCUGCACUGCUGGCCCGUUGCUGUUGUGUCACAAGCAGCAUCACGGCAGCAGACGUUUGCCGAGCAAAUCACGGACUGCGGUCGAAGAAAAUAAAAAACGCGAGGACUUAGCGCUAGAUGCAUCGAUCAGGGAACACGGGGAUCUCCGCGAACGUCUCUCGCUGCCUCUGAAGCACAUUUCCCUCCCGGAUGGGUUCACUGCAGUCAGAUUUGAUGGUGUUGAGCAGGCUCGUCUGAUCCAAGGCUUCCGGCCAGGCGGGCAUCAUCCGCGGGGACGCAGAGCGCGCGACCACACCGCAGUCCAGGACCGCGUCCGUCCUCUGGCCUGUGAUUGUUCAUGGACUGCGCUUCCUUCCGUGAUUUUCUGCAGUCUCUCUGAGUCAUUCGUAGUAGAAGAUGGCGGACAGGGCUGAGAUGUUUUCUCUAUCCACUUUUCACUCCCUCUCCCCACCCGGAUGCAGGCCAUCCCACGACAUUAGCCUAGAGGAGUUUGAUGAUGAGGAUCUCUCUGAAAUCACAGAUGACUGUGGGAUUGGACUGAACUACGACUCCGAUCCAUAUGAAAAGGAUUCCCUCAUCCUGGAGAAGAGUGACAUGCACCACCCCGUCUGCUCCUUCCAGGAUGACUUCCAAGAGUUUGAGAUGAUUGACGAUGAAGACGAGGAUGAAGAUGUGGAUGAAGAUGAGGAGGUGGACCCCGGUGCACCCCCGUCUCCUUCUGCAUCUCCUCCUCCAUCUCCCACUCUUGGCACUCUGAAGAGCAGGCCCACUACACUGAACCUCACUACUGCUGUGUCGCAGGAUUCGCUGAACAACAACAGCAGCUUGUCUCCAAAGAAAGGAAGCUGGCAGGACUCUUUACGUAACCCGGUGUCUCAAGGGUGUCUGUCUCCAACCCACUCAUGUCUGGAAGAUGGUACUCAUGUGACAGGCCACUGCCAAGCUUCUCCAGUUUCCCAGGCUCCAGGGUCUCAGAGCAAAGGUGUUCCACCAAAACAGGCCGUUGAGGGGGUGAACACCCAGUCUCCUCACAGGCCCCUCCUCUGUGACAUGGAGGGCAACAGGCGAGAGAGACCAGAAUAUGGUAACAAGGACGACUGCUCCUGCUCAUUUGGUCAUCACAGGUCCUACAAAGACUCUGCAGGUUAUACUGAACCAAAGGGAGACCCUUCAGUCCACACAGGCAGAGUACCAUCCAUAGACGAGCACUCUCAGUGUUCGGACACGGAGGUAGACCAUGACCUCAACAAUGACCACAAUCACAAACACUCAAACCGGCGCCUUACAGACACCUACACAAUCACAAGUGAGUCGGGUAUGGAACAAGAAAAUGAUCUCGACCCAGAUGGAACCAGCCAUUGUCUUUCAUCCACGGCACCCAUGGGAGCCAACGAUGGUGCAGAUACCCCCCUGUCUGAUGAAGAGCUUGAGAAAGACUUUGACGUUGAGUUUAUGUGUAAGGAGACCUACGAAGUCCUGUGUAAAGAAAAUCCAUCAUCAUAUGUGGAAUUCCCCCCCAUUGAGACCCUCGAGCCUGCAUCCUUCUCCAGCUAUCAGUCGUCAAGCCGCUCAGAAGCUUUUGACCAGUCCAACAGUUCAGAAUCACCAGCAGCAUCUGCUACUGUUACUGCAGCUAACGAUUCCUCCUCUCCAUCUUCAGACCCAGGAAUAGCAGAUAUGAAUCAACAGGGUUAUGUUACCUCAGACCAGGACAAGGACCUCAGCUCCCCAGGUUCAGAUUCUGAUGUUGAAGGGGAGCUGGAGGCAGCGUUUGCUUGUGGCGGUCCUGUGGUUUCCAACAUGAUUUCCUCAAUCUCAGAGACAGAGCUGGACUUGACUAGUGAUGAAAGCAGCAGUGGGCGUUCCUCUCACCUCACCAACUCUAUUGAAGAGGCCAGUUCACCAACAUCAGACCCGGAACUGGACCCAGAUACAGAGUUAGAGCAGGACAGUGGAAUUGUUGGACUGAAAGCAUCACUGCUUCUGGGUCAGCCCGACCCAAUCAAAGAAGGUUCUGUUGUACCCUCUCCUUCCCCUCUCCCCUCACCAACUAUUGCUACACCAUUCCCUGCUGACUCACCUGCCUUAACCUAUGAGGAAUAUGAUAGUCAAGCUCUGAUGGGGUUACUGAAUCUGGAUGGACUGUCUGGUGAGCACCAGGCUGAUCCAGAUGAAACUCUACCUCCAACCCAGUGUUGUGAGGAUCGCCUGUCCAGACCGAUGGUGCUUGAGAUAGAACCAGAUCACGGUCUAGAGAGCUUUAAGCGCUCCUUCUACCUGCCAGUAGGGCCCAGGCUAAUGCCAAACGCAGAUGAAUAUGACGAAACAAGUGAGGGAGACUCGGAAUCGGAAAGUGAAGAUGACCUGAGUGAAAACUCAGAUUCUCCAUGGCUUCUUAGCAACUUAGUUAACAGAAUGAUCUCAGAGGGCUCGUAUCCCAUCAGCUGCCCUGAGGAGUGUUUCAAGAGAAAAGCAUCUGUGUCCGACACCAUUUCACCAUCAUCAGACAUCGGGGAGGGAGACAGUUUCAAUGGCGAGACCCAGGAGAAAAAAGAAGAGACAGGGGGAGCACAAGAAAAGGAUAACGAGGGUGAAGGGUACAGAAAGGAGAGGGCAGAGCCAGGGACGAGAAGCAGGAAUGGUGAGUCUACAAAAGAAGAAGAAGCAGUGAUGUGUUCCAAUCUUUACUUUAACAAUCCCACUGUUAAUACCAGUGCUACUCUGGUUUUAGAACGCUGUGCGACGAAUGAAAGAGAAAGCAUAGAUUUAAACCCAGUGUAUCCUACAAAGGAAUGUGACAAGAACGCAAAAUAUAAACCUUCAAAGAAUGCUGGAAAACAGGAGGAUGAAGAACCCAAUAAUGACUUGAUGAUGCUGGCAUGUAGAAAAGAUUUGGACUCACCCAGCCUUAGUGAAAGUGUAAUCAGCGACAAAGAUGAAGGUCGAGAAACGGAUCCCAGGCCAACCAGUCGUUCAGCAGCCUCUCUUGAGCGAAUCACAGAGGUCAAACACAGUUUGACACUCGACAUACCCUCUGCUCAGACCAACCGCUGCUUUAGCCUCACGUACUCCACGGACAACGACGACGAAGAGGAGGACGGUGACUCCUAUCCUUUCCUGGGCGGCUUGAGGAAGCAGUCUUAUAACGGUAGUGAUUUAGAGCUUGACAGCUCGCCACCUGUGGAUUCCAGUGUGCACAAUCAUUCAUUACCUGACCAUGACCUCCCACUGUGUGAGAAAGAUUUUGCCCUGAGGCAGCCAAAUGAAGAUGAUGGACUGGCCUAUGACUCCAUGAAGUAUACGUUAGUGGUGGAUGAGAAUACAACACUGGAACUGGUCAGCCUUAGAAGAUGCACUUCAGUUCUGAGCGAUGACAGUGAGCUUUCCACUCCGUGUGACGAGGACGCCUUGAGGACAGGUGAGGUGGACUAUAUUCAUAAUGAUGGGGAGGUUAGACCGGAACUCAUCUCUUCUGAAGACUCGUCUCCUGAGGCUGACCUGCCGUUUUCUAAGAAGUUCCUUAACGUGUUUGUCAACAGCACGUCCCGCUCUUCCAGCACCGAAUCCUUCGGGCUGUUCUCUUGUACCAUCAACGGAGAGGAGAGGGACCAGACACACAGGGCAGUCUACAGGUUUAUUCCCAGACAUGCAGAUGAGCUGGAGCUAGAUGUAGAUGAUCCUCUCUUUGUGGAGGAAGAGGAGGAUGAUUAUUGGUACAGAGGCUACAACAUGCGGACAGGAGAGAAAGGGAUCUUUCCUGGUUUCUACGCCCAAGAGGUCAUAAGCCAGUUGAAAGAGGUGCAGGGCCUAAAAAGGAAUCCAGCAUGGAUCGAGACGUUCAGUGUUCAGUUUUUGGGGUCCGUAGAGGUGCCAUAUCACCAAGGCAAUGGCAUCCUCUGUGCCGCAAUGCAAAAGAUUGCGAUAUCGAGGAAACGUACGGUGCAUGUGCGACCUCCAUCCCUGUGUGAGCUGGAGAUCAGCUUGCAAGGAGUUAAACUGAUCAUGAGCCUGGAGGACGACUAUGACACCCUUGAUGAGUACGACAGGUGUAGCCACUUCUUCCAGAUGAAGAACAUCUCCUUCUGCGGAUGCCAUCCGAGAAAUAACUGCUACUUUGGCUUCAUCACCAAGCAUCCAAUGCUGAAUAGAUUUGCUUGCCAUGUGUUUGUAUCCCAGGAAUCCAUGCGGCCUGUGGCUGAAUGUGUCGGCCGCGCCUUCCAGGAGUACUACCAGGAACAUCUGGAGUACGCCUGUCCAACCGAGGACAUCUACCUGGAGUAAGAGGAGUUACCAUGACGACCCUUUUCCUCAAUCGCUUGCCUACAUUUCUCAAGUUUACCACCAGAGGACGGUGUCAGUGUUUUUUUAAUUUAUUUUUCUCCCCAGCACCAUUGUAAAAUACUUUUCUUUUCUUACUCAAACAGGGAUUCUGAUUUCUACAAUGAGCUAGUCAUCGUGCUAAUUGUGUUUGUCGCUGGUUUUUUUAAUGAUUUCGACAGAUUGAUUGCUUGUUUCUUUGAUCUUUUUCUAUGAUAUAAAACUACAAAGCUGAGCAAGCUCCCUCUUUUGAAAUGCAAAACGUUAUACCUACUACGGCUGUUUCACUUUCCAAUGCAUGGCUAGUAGGGUUACUGCACACAGACUCACACAUAUCCAAGUAAGCGGCAAGCAGCUCAACAAUCUGCAAGGGAAUCAGGAGGCUGGGGCUUCCGUUAACUGUAAAUAGGUACUUUUAUUCCUUGUUCAAUACUGACUAAAAGCUAAUUUGCUUACAAUCGAUGAUAUUGGAAUUAUUUAGACAGACUGAGCGGCCCUUUAUUCAUGCUUCCCUGUGUCCUGUACAAGACAUUGUGUGUGUUGUAAAUACGUGUAUAGAAAGUGGACGAACAUCGCCUCAUUGAGUCUGACGACGGAGCAGCUGAGGCAGAACUGAUUUUAGUUUUGAUGAUGGUGAAAAAUGUCUCACCCUGGCUGGUGUUGAAAUAAGUAGAAGGGGGGAGAAAACAACUUGGAAUGAACUUUUAAUUUCCUUAGCUCGGCAGAUGUUUUAAUUCGCUUCGGAUUAGAUCUGAUAACUGUUAACAAAUGUAAAAGAAAAUGUGUUCUUUCUGUUCCGUCCUUAAAGUUGCACUGAUUGUUGACUUUUACCACAAGUAGCUUGAACAGCAAAACAUGCAACGGGUAAGCGUGCACACUGCUCUAUGAAAGUGGGACUUUUAGGUCAAAGACAGUCGUCCGACAAGCCAUAUCCUCACAACUCUGACUGUUUAAUGCUGGUUUUUAGUGACGUGCUAGUUUCCAUUUUCUUUUGACUUGGAAAUUUCAACGAGGAAAAAGGAAAAACAAGAGUAAGCAAAAUCUUGGUAUCGCAGUGAAAUCAGCUCCUCCACACUAUGGAAAUAUCGAGGUUUUAAAGUUGCACAAAGGUCAGACCUGAUCUCAUUUUUUAAAAGGAUGGUAGAUAAAAUGGAUGGUAACCAGUUUCCUUGUGUAUUUGUUGCUGUUGGUGACCUAUGCUGGGGUUGAUACUGAUACAGAAGAAGUUAUCUUGCAGAAAAGGAAAAACAUAGUGAAAAUACACUAUACACUAAAAUAAAGUGAGAAAGACGCCAAACAACCCCCAACUAUUGUCGUUUCAGACGCCGUUAACUUCAAAAUCUGUCUGGGUCAAAUCUGCAGCGGUUAACUGAAUGUUGACAUGGCAGAAAGAAGGGUAUUAACUACAUAUAUGUUGCUGUCAGGUAGGUCAUGUAUAUAAUAGCAAAUCAGAGUGCUGUGUCAUUUAUGUUCAGUAUGUUAAUGAAAAUACUAUGAACGAUAAUUAAAAACGAACAAAAAAAAAGAUUACAACCAGACUGAAACCCCUGAAAAGAUAGAAAACACGUAAACAUGUGACCUGCAAUAACUUUAUUUUUCAAGCAAGUGAUGACACAAGGUGAUCUCUCUCCACUACCUUCCCACAGGCUUCAGCUGCACAUUUAGGGCACAUUUAUGAGACGUGACGCCACUAGUGUGUGACACUUCCACCAACCUACUGACCGAAGCUGUUAAAUGGUGACUGAGUCAGCUGCGUCUGGAAAAAUUAUUGUCUUGCCCAUUAUAAUAGCUGCCUUCGAGUUCUAACGGUGUGACCCGUCUCUUGUUCUGUAGCGAUUUGCUUCUGAAUCUGUUUUUCUAUCUUGUUAAAGUCUCUUUUCACACAGCUACACAGAAACAACCCUGGAGGAUGACCUAGUCCUAUAUAGCCGCUGAGAAACAACAGUUAAACCAACUUUCCACUUUAUUACUUCAACAUGAUUCUUCACUGUAUACCUAGAGCAAAACAGUACGUGACAAAGCAAACAUAUCCUAUCUUGUAUCACCAAAAACAUGGACUUGUAAAAAGAGAAAAUUGAGAAAAAAUGUAAAAAUAACAAUCACUCUGGCUUGUCAUGGGUUUGGUCUUAUGAAUAAAAUAUAUGCUUGAUGUCUGAAA